AUGGAGGCCUCCGGGCACCCCCAGGCCAGGAGAUGCUGCCCAGAGGCCCUGGGAAAGCUCUUUCCCGGCCUCUGCUUCCUCUGCUUUCUGGUGACCUACGCCCUGGUGGGUGCUGUGCUCUUCUCUGCCAUUGAGGAUGGCCAGGUCCUGGUGGCAGCAGAUGAUGGAGAAUUUGAGAAGUUCUUGGAGGAGCUCUGCAGAAUCUUGAACUGCAGUGAAACAGUGGUGGAAGAUAGGAAACAGGAUCUCCAGGGGCAUCUGCAGAAGGUGAAGCCUCAGUGGUUUAACAGGACCACAAACUGGUCCUUCCUGAGCUCGCUCUUUUUCUGCUGCACAGUGUUCAGCACCGUGGGCUAUGGCUACAUCUACCCUGUCACCAGGCUUGGCAAGUACUUGUGCAUGCUCUAUGCUCUCUUUGGUAUCCCCCUGAUGUUCCUCGUUCUCACGGACACAGGUGACAUCCUGGCAACCAUCUUAUCCACAUCUUAUAAUCGGUUCCGAAAAUUCCCUUUCUUUACCCGCCCCCUCUCCAAGUGGUGCCCCAAAUCUCUCUUCAAGAAAAAACCAGAACCCAAGCCCACAGAUGAAGCUGUCCCUCAGAUCAUCAUCGGUGCUGAAGAGCUUCCAGGCCCCAAACUUGACAAAUGUCCUUCACGCCCAAGCUGCAGCAUGGAGCUGUUUGAGAGAUCUCAUGCGCGAGAGAAACAGAACACACUGCAACUUCCCCCACAAGCCAUGGAGAGGAGUAACUCGUGUCCUGAACUGGUGCUGGGGAGACUCUCAUACUCCAUCAUCAGCAACCUGGAUGAAGUUGGACAGCAGGUGGAGAGGCUGGACAUCCCUCUCCCUAUCAUUGCCCUUAUUGUUUUUGCCUACAUUUCCUGUGCAGCUGCCAUCCUCCCCUUCUGGGAGACACAGUUGGAUUUUGAGAAUGCCUUCUAUUUCUGCUUUGUCACGCUGACCACCAUUGGGUUUGGGGAUACUGUUUUAGAACACCCUAACUUCUUCCUGUUCUUCUCCAUUUAUAUCAUCAUUGGAAUGGAGAUUGUGUUCAUUGCUUUCAAGUUGGUGCAAAACAGGCUGAUUGACAUAUACAAAAAUGUUAUGCUAUUCUUUGCAAAAGGGAAGUUUUACCACCUUGUUAAAAAGUGA